CCUGGACGACGCCAUUCAGACGACUUCCAUGGUGGCCACCAUCCUGGAAACCACGAUGUUGGCCUGGACCCUAACGAUCUACUUUCUGUUCGGUCACGUUGCAGCAUCGAUGAAAUUGGCUUGAGUUUAUCUGGCGAUAUGCGUGGACGUGGCUUCUCUCUUCAUGGAUCGGAUACUGAUGGAGAUUAUGGUAUGAGUGGUACUGGCGCUGUAUCUUCGGCUACUUAUAGUAGGGCUAGGAGACGUAGCUCAGGUGGCGGAAACAUCAGUGGGGGUGGCGGCAGCGACGCCUUUCUCGUUGCCGGGCGAUAUCCUGCGCAUCCUGAAGCCUUUUCAAAUCUUCUUCCCUAUGGCUUGCCUGAUCCACAAGAGGACGAAGCUGGACUUAUGCAACAGCCAUUGGCUAUGGGUUACUAUGUCUCCACUGCUCCUGCCGGCCCCUUACCAAACUGGUUUUGGGUUGCUUGUCCAGAGGCAGGCCUGCAGACACCUGUAUGCCUUAAAUCAGCUCUCCAUCUACAAGCGAGUUUAUUUGCUGGUGAUGAGGCUACCGCAGCUGCUGUCGGCGUCGCAAGCAACGGGACGCGCGGCGGACCCUGUACUCGAAGUCUACUACUUCGUCGACAUCUUCUUGACUCCAGCUCUACUUGUGACGUGCUCCGAUUCGUAUUGGAAGCCUACAAUGCACUUUCAUGGCUUACAAUCGAUCCAGUUACUAAUGAUAGGCGUACCUGUCUUCCAGUACACAUAUUGUCGCUUGCCCAGGCCUACCAAGCAGUUGAAGCUUUUACCUGA